CGGAGGCGGGGCUCCAGGAAGACGUGCGGACCAAGAUGGUGCCGUCCCUGAUGCUGCUCCCGCAGCUGUGCCGGCUCCUCUCCGGGACCCGGCUCCCACGCCACACUUUGGUUCGUUCAGCAUUUUACGUUCGGGACAACCAAAAUGACAAACCCAACUGGCUGAAAGUUAUAUUAACCUUGGGCACUACUGCAGGCCUGUGGGCCUUCCUCCUCCACCAACGUGAAGAAGAUAUUUUAGAGUAUGAAAGAAGAAAAGGUCUAGAAUAAAUCUUCUUCUUUCCUAAUUGUGUGCUGUAAGAAGUGAUGACAACCAGUUUGUGGGUCCGUUGAAUAAUGUAUCAGAAAAGCAACUUGUGUUAGGAUUUCUGUACAGUGUCACAGAAUGUACAAAUAAAAAGUUAUCUAAAAAAGGGAUACCUGCCCACUUUUCAGGUUAUAUCCAUCCUAUCAACUUGUAGAAAAGUCAGUUUGGAACCAGUAUUUAAUCCACUUGUAUAGAUGAGAAGGACCUUACUUACAUUUUAAAGGCAUUAACAGAGAUAAGCAAAUUAAGAAUUUCAAUAAAAACUAAAAAUAAAAACCACUGCCUGAAGUUGAA